GUUUGCGAAAUUGUGUGUGACCAUAUGUGUGUACAUUACCUUCCUUUCAGUCUGUUAGCUCGCUUGCUAGGAAGCUACGCAUAGGCAUUGUUUACGCCAGUAGAUGUCAGUGAGGCUCGUUGCUAGUUAGCUGUAAUACAUUUCUAGCUUGCAAACACGGAAGUGUGAAAGGCAGAGUUCACUUAAUUAGCUAGCUAAAAUUAAUUUUCGCUGGCUAACUGAGUAUUCUAGCCACAAAAGACUUGUUUCUGUCCCACUUUGCUUGCAACACGCAGUCUAAAAUGUUUGCUAGGUAGCCAAAAUCUCAUUUAAACGAUUACCUUGAGCUUUGUUGCAUUCCUGGUAGUUAGCAUAGUAGAUUGCUAAAUAGCUACUGCGAAGAGUUUAAUCGAAUGGAAAUGAAUGACACAAGAGAGACAUUCAUUAGCACCCUCAAACAGAAGGUACAGAAGGUGAAGAACCUUGUCCCUGAGCUCAAACUCACAAGUGGGACGCUUACGGCAGUGGCUGUAUCAGUGAUUUUGUUCAUCACAUCACGGUGCUUUAACAUACCGCACGAUGUCUUCACGCUUGGAACCAGCGCUGUCGCUAAUGGACAUGUUCACAAGCUCCUCACCUACUCCUUCUUCCACGAAGACUGGGGCCAGGUGCUGCUCAGUGCGCUGGUGCUGUUGCCACUCUGCAGCGGCCAUGAGAAGAGCGUGGGGACGGUGCGCUUUCUGUACCUGCUCCUGCUGCUCCCUGCGUGGACCGGCCUGGCGCACGUGCUGCUGGAGCUGCUCCUGUUCGCGCCCGAGGAGCGGAGCCACGUGCAGGGCUUCAUGCCGGUGUCCCUCGCCCUCGUAGGCAUGGCCACCGUCCGGUCCCGCAUGCGCAGGGUUCUGCUGAUGGGCAUCAGCAUGCCCACCCCGGCUCUCCCCUGGAUCCUCCUGAUUGUCACGCUCCUCAUUCCUGGCACCGUCUUUCUCUGUAACAUCAUUGCGAUUCUAGUGGGAGAAAUCUAUGGUAUGGGGUGGUUUUCCCUCUUGGACAUGUCAGAAGCUAGAGCAUCAGUUUUGGAUAAGAAGAUGCCCUUUAGGAUGUUAAGGACACUGGGGGUGCUACUCUAUGUACCUGCAUCUGAAGAAGAGAGAAGGAAGACCCUACACCCGCCAUGCAACCCGGCGCCGGGGUCCUACCCUGUUCAGGCCUACGCCCCACUGUCCUCUGUUCCCUCCAUGCAGGGGACGGAGCCUCCCCCCCAGAUGUAUGAAGGCUGGCAGCAUUCCACCUACACUCAGGCGAGCUACGCUCCUCCCUCACUCGAUCACGGACACAGCCAUUCACACAGCUGUGGGCACAGCCACGCAAACAGGUUUGGACACAGCCACGGGCACAGCCCUGGGCACAAUCACGGACACAGCCAUGGGCAAAUGGCUGCCCAUCAGAUCAGUAAUUCCUGGACACCAGGAUCUCCUUAUGGCCAAGCCUAUUCCAGUCCUUUCAGCCCUUAUCUUGGGCAUCCUGCUCCAAUACUCCCUCCAGGAUUACCAGAAAACGUCUUAGACCCAUUACUGGUGCCCAGUGCAGGUCACCAUGAAGCAUCUGUACCGCCCCCUUGAAGGACCCAGCAAUGUUGAUAUAAAAGGGCCAGCUGUAUUCAGUGAUAUGAAAUGGUAACACUCCAUUAAGGGUGCCAUGCCAUGGCAUUGCAGAGCAGGUUAUUUUCUCUGUAAUGUUUGUGAGAAACAAGAUGGGGUCAGUGGCGCAUAACUGGAGUAAUGCUACACAAUGGACAUGAUUCUUCAGUAUGUGACAGCAAAUCGGAAGACUCAAGUUCAUACAGAAGUACUUCCAGCCACGCUGUCACUCACCUGCCUUUGGUGGGACUCAAUAUUGAAGCUUUUAAUACACUGAAAA